AUGUGGCGCCUGGUGCCCCCUAAGCUGGGCCGCCUGUCCCGCUCGCUGAAACUGGCGGCACUGGGCAGCCUGUUGGUGCUGAUGGUGCUGCACUCGCCGUCGCUGCUCGCCUCCUGGCAGCGCAACGAGCUGGCCGACCGGCGCUUCCUGCAGCUCAAUAAGUGCCCGGCGUGCUUUGGUACGAGCUGGUGCCGCCGCUUUCUCAACGGGCAGGUGGUGUUCGAGGCGUGGGGCCGCCUGCGCCUGCUGGACUUUCUUAACGUGAAGAACGUCUAUUUCGCGCAGUACGGCGAGCCCCGCGAGGGCGGCCGCCGGCGCGUGGUGCUCAAGCGCCUGGGCUCGCAGCGCGAGCUGGCGCAGCUCGACCAGAGCAUCUGUAAGCGGGCCACCGGCCGGCCGCGCUGUGACCUGCUCCAGGCCAUGCCUCGCACCGAGUUCGCGCGCCUUAACGGCGACGUGCGGCUGCUCACGCCAGAAGCAGUGGAGGGCUGGUCGGACCUGGUGCACUGCCCCUCGCAGCGCCUGCUCGACCGUCUGGUACGCCGCUACGCCGAGACCAAGGACUCGGGCAGCUUUCUGCUCCGCAAUCUUAAGGACUCGGAGCGCAUGCAGCUGCUGCUGACCCUGGCCUUCAACCCCGAGCCGCUGGUGCUACAGAGUUUUCCAUCUGAUGAAGGUUGGCCAUUUGCAAAGUACCUUGGAGCUUGUGGAAGAAUGGUGGCUGUAAAUUAUGUUGGAGAAGAACUGUGGAGCUACUUUAAUGCACCAUGGGAGAAACGAGUUGACCUCGCUUGGCAAUUAAUGGAAAUAGCAGAGCAACUUACAAACAAUGACUUUGAAUUUGCACUCUACCUCCUGGAUGUCAGCUUUGACAAUUUUGCAGUUGGUCCUAGAGAUGGGAAGGUAAUCAUUGUGGAUGCUGAAAAUGUUUUGGUUGCUGACAAAAGGCUAAUUAGACAAAAUAAACCCGAAAAUUGGGAUGUGUGGUAUGAAAGCAAAUUUGAUGACUGUGAUAAGGAAGCUUGCUUAUCAUUUUCAAAAGAAAUUCUUUGUGCUCGUGCCACUGUGGACCACAAUUAUUAUGCUGUUUGUCAGAACCUCUUAUCCAGACAUGCCACGUGGCGUGGCACUUCUGGAGGGCUCCUUCAUGACCCACCAAAUGAAAUUGCCAAAGACGGCCGACUGGAGGCCUUGUUGGACGAGUGUGCUAACCCAAAGAAGCGCUACGGCAGGUUCCAGGCUGCUAAGGAACUGCGUGAAUACCUAGCACAACUAAGUAACAAUGUGAGGUAGUCUAUGGUGAACUUUCCUCCCUUAAAUAGCACUGGCUAAUACUAAACCAACAAAAACUGUCUAGAAAAAGGAAAUUUGGAAGUAAUACAUUUGGAGGAUGAUAAAUGUGCACUGAUAGAUCUUAUAUUACAUCCAUCAAAAAUAAGACAUUAUUUCAGAAAUCAUAUGAAUCUUCUGCAAAUAAGUUUGCUCUUACACUUCGGAGACUUGAGCUUUCUUUGACUGCUUUGCCCCCUUGAAUGCCUGAGUGCAUUAAAAAAUAUCGUUAAGCUAUUGGAAAUGAAUCUGAUAGUUACAUUGGCUUGUGUAUCAAAGGGUACUUGGUACUUGACUUAGUUGCCAUUACUAUCAUGAUUUUGUGAAUCUCUUACAUUUUCUUUGAAUGUCAAGUUAGAUUGGCCUGUUUUAUAGGUCACUUUUUCCUUCCAAUGUAUAGUUUUUGUUUUUUCAUUUUUAUGUUUUGUAUUCAGUCUUACGUAUUCAGGUUACUGUAGGUGUUCAUUUAAAUUUGGGCUAGUUUUCAUUCAGUGCUAUGCGGUUCAUACUAACUUAGGCAGGAUUCCCAGGUUUACUGUGUUUUUCCAGAAAGCUGAAUGUUAUGUAAAUACUUUCCUUCCCACUUUCUGUGGUUUCACCAUUGCAUGAGGUCAUUUAAGGUUAUUUAACAGUUACAUCACUCUAUGCCAGUAAUUACAAGUAUACACUAAACAUGAGGUUGGCAUAUGUUGCAAAAUGUCAUUUAGUCCUUUAAAGGCUUUAAUAAGAGUAUAUUAUUAACUUUCACAUUGAUGUUAAUUUUGAGAGGAAAAAAAACCCAGUAUUUUUAAAAUGCUAACUCUAGUCCAAGAUAGUAAUGCAAAUGCCAAAGAAAUAUUAGACCUAGUCCUAUGGUUAGAAUUUAAAAUUGGUCACUUACUCAUUCUUAUUAUCCCACUUCCAAUAUUUUCUCCGUCAUUAUUAAAUUGAAAUCUCCCUGGUUAUUUUAUGUUCAAAAGGUAAGCUACCGCUUGUCAGUACAGAUAACUUAAAGAUAUUCUACCUGUCAUUCAUCAGUAGAUUUGACAAAGAUUAACGUGGUAGUCAUCAUCUGAGUUUGAUCGGGCCUCAUAAAUUUUGAUUGAUGAACUAGUAAUUUUUACUGUAAGCAGACAGUUUAGCUAGUGUGCCAAACUUGGUCUUCACUACCUAAUUGUUAAACAUCAGACAUCAAAAUAUAAAUAUGUGGGUAAAAAUUAACAAAUGUGAAAUUCGUGGGCUAUUUUAAAAGUUACAAUUUAUAUAUGUUGACUAUCGCUGACAGUGAUAUUUUUCUGUUUGAAAUCAUUAAUUUUGUUUAUGGAAAAGUUUGGUGUAGUAUGCAGUAUUUAGUUCUAGACUGACCUUAUUCUUAAUCAGAAAGUGAUUAAAAUAUGCACAACCAAAGCCAGGUUUUUCUUCUGUUUUUCAUUCAUUCAGCGACUAUUUAUUAAACAUCAACUCUGCCAGGCGUAUUAAUAGCUCUUACACACUGAACAUGACAUGGUUAACUUACUUUACAAUAAUUAUCAAAUACUUUAAUGUAGGUAUAUCUUAAGUUGAAAUAGCAUUCAUUAAGCUAAGAUGAUUUCAUGUUAUUUUAUUAUUAUGAUGGAAAUUCUAUUUGUACCAUCUGUAACUGGGUUGCUAUAAAAAAGAGCAGGAUGUUAUUAAUAAAGGUAAUCCCAGUUUAAAACUGGAUGAAGGGUAAGAUCUCUUCAUUAUAAAAUAGAUUGCAGUAUGUUAACUUUUAUACAUCAGUAUGUUGCAUAUUAUCAACUAGCCCUCAAACACUUAAGUGCUAGGAAUUUUACUAUGCUUUUUACAACUUUGAGGGAGUUAGGUAAAAUUUCUUGUCAGACAUUCAAGCCUCUUAGUCAAAGCUUCAGACAAAAUACACAUUUUCAAAACGGAGCACCUUUUAUAUUUGAUAAAGUGUUCAUUACAAACCUUAGAAUGCUGACCACAGAGGGGUUGCUUCUCUGUGGUCUAGCAAACAUCUUUUUGAAAGUGACUGAUCGCAGGAGAGGAAAUGAGAAAACAGCGCCGGUGGUGACUGCCACUUCAGGUGGUUUUUAAAACUGCCAUUCCCCUCCCGCUCCCCCAGAUUAUGUGGAAUUUCUUUUCUUUGGAAAAAGGUUGAGAAGAUGCUAGAAGAAUUAGGAAUUUCAAAUUACAGGGAAAAAAUGUGUAUGUGAAAAGCAAUAAAUAUUUUGUUCACUUUGCUAUCGAGAUACUCACUAUCAGAUAUUUAUUAUACAGCAGCAAUUUAUAUUUUUAAUCAUUGCCCAUUAAUAGAUGCAGUAAAAUAUUUUUGAAUCAGACAUUUGGGGUUUGUAUGUGCAUUAAAAGUUGUCUUUUGUACUGUAAGUUACUGUUUAAUUUGAAUAUUUUAUCAGAACUGUCUCCCUGUGCCUUUACAACAUAAAGUUGUUUCUGCAACUUUAAUGCUCUUAAUAAAGCAUACUUUAAGAAUCA